AUGAUGCUCCAACUACAUCAGGGACUGGUGCUGUCGGUGGCGCUCUACGCGCUGCCGCUACUCAGCCUCAACACCUCACAGGCGGCAAACCUCCAGACAGUCCACCGGAUCGCACUUAGGAUCUGCCUCGGCAUAUCCAGGUCGGCGGCGUCCAUCCCGACGUACACGGAAGCUGGAGCCAACACCGUCAGCAACCAUCUCCAAAAGCGCGCACUUGGGCACCUCAUCCGCAUUUCCACCUGCGAGUCCGCGGCACCGCUGCUGGCACGCAUCGCGGAGAGGCCCGAGUCGCGCUUGGGGCAGCUUCUGUGCGUUUUGAGGGACGUCGCAGGCCCUGCACCGGUGAUCACUCCCCUCCCACCAUUGCACUCCGACCCCCAUCCACUGACUGUCCACCUCCGAGUCGACGGGAUGGGCCCUCGACGGAGGACGGCCGACGUCGCGGCCAAACAGCUGGCGGAGGACCACAUCAAGCGGCACUACCCCGGCUGGGCAAGGGUGUACACCGACGGCUCCGUGCGGCCCAGCGACGGCUCGUCGACGGCGGCUGCCUUUGUGGAGAGGGCAGAUCUGAGCCUGGGCCAACGGUUCGCCUUCCACGACACCAGCACCACCACGGAGCUGGCGGCGAUCUUUCUAGCGCUGCGCCUGAUCCACUACAAGAGCCGACGCCCGGACAGCUGGCUGCUGCUCUCCGACUCCCAGGCGGCCCUGUCUCAGCUGUACGGGCUCGAGGGAGCAUGCCCCCUCGCACGGGAGAUCGCUAGUGAGGCUCUGCUCCUCGGCGGCCUCGGCCACCGCUUGGCGUUCCAGUGGGUCCCGAACCACUGCCGGAUUCCUGGCAACGAGCGCGCGGACGCCCUGGUGGAGCGGGUCCAUGACGCCGCCGAGUUCCGGACGUCGGACGUGGGCCCCUUCGCCGACGCCAAGCUUCUUAUCGCACGGGAGGCCGCCGCAAACCACUUGGACGAGCGGUACGCGGCCGGGGACCGACCGGCGAAGCCCCCUCGCGGCACGGGCCGUCCAGCCGCCGCAGUCGUCCACAGGAUCCGGACGGGGUGCGCCCUGACGCCGGCAUGGAUGCAUCUCCUGCGCAACGAGGCCGACCCGGAAUGCCCGACCUGCGGAGAAUGGUCGGAUCUCGACCACCUCCUCCUGGCCUGCCCGGCACACGCUUACGCCCGGGCGGCCAUGACAACAUCCCUCGCCGCACUGGGGCUGCCCUGCAACACCACAGAACAAAUACUGAGACCCAGGGGCGACCGGCGCGGCAAAGACCGCGCGCUCAGGGCCCUACUGACCUUUCUGGAAGAAACCGGGCUCCUGUGGUCCCUCUGAACU